AUGAAGUUGGAUUUGAAAAGUGGAGCCAGGCUCACUUUCCAGGUAAUUGAUUCAACGUCAUGCUCAAACAUCGUCGAGUCGCUCAACUCAAUGUUGCGCGACGAAAGAGAGUAUCCAGUGGCGGCCAUUUUUAGUUCAAUUGCACAUAGGUUUGGAGAAAUAUUUAGGAAGAGGUAUGCAGGGGUGGACAAUUCAAAGACAACAUUCGUUCCCAUAGCCGAGAUGAUCUUGAGGGAAAACGUGACCCAGGGCAACAAAUUAUAUGUGAACAAUAUAAAUGGAAGCACCGACGAAUUCACCAUAUUUGGUUAUGUUCGUUCCGCCAAAGUUAAUCUUUUGAGACGGUCAUGUUCUUGCAGAAAGUACGACUUGGUGAAAUUGCCAUGCGCUCAUGCAAUGGAAGCGUUGCGUUUGAAGCACGGGUACAAAUAUAGCACUAGCAUGUACAACUACUCUUCGCAAAUAUAUUCGAAAGAAUCAUACCUCUUUGCAUACUUGGAACCUAUUUGUGCAGCACCAUUAAAGUUGGAGUGGAGUGUGGCACGGGAGUAUUUAGAAAUGCAAGUUUUUCUGCCUGAUUUCGAUCCCAAACUUGAAAGAAAGAAGGUGAAACGCGUUAAGGGUGUGUUGGAGCCUUCAAGGGUCUUAUUGCUGAUCAACGGCGGCUGGACAGAGAGCUCCGGAGGAUGGCUCGUUUUCUUCGGACCAUAG